AUGCCUCAUACUUCGGUUGAGGUAGUUGGGUCCGCAGCUACCAUCGAACUGAAAACUGGUGUUGGCUUUGUCUUCAAGGAUGAGAACGAUUUCGUCUGCGUGCUUCAGACCGACAAGAUUCCCACCGGGGACAAUUUGAACACGGAAAUCUUAAGGACCUUCCAGCGUUCACCUCAUUAUUUUAUCAACGACGAAGAUGAACAAGAAUGGAGAGAGCGCACAUACUUGUCGGACACCACUUUUUGUGGGGAAGCUUUUGGAGAGCUCAUCAUGCAAUUUCACGCCCACAAGCAGUUGGUCUCCCUUGUGAAGUGUGCCGGAUUCAAUCUGGAUAAGUUUUCUCCUUCUCCCCAUCCCACUGAUAGCUCUCCCCUUGUAGGCCCAGCACUUGGGACUGAUGAAUCCGUUCGCCUUGCAUCGUUUUUGCGUGCAACAUCUGCUCGUCACAUGGUGCCGACAUCCUCGGGUAUCUCCAAAUCAAUCUCCAAGCCUCGACACCAGGUCUAUCUGACCCCCUUCAAUGUCCGCACUCUGAAGCAAGCGGGACAACAAACUGCUCUUGCUCACACUGGACUCGCUUGA